AACUAGACUCCUCCUCUUCGACGUGAACGCGCCUUAAGCCGAAUUAGAAAAUCCUGGGUUAACAAAGCUCAUUGAUAUCUAGCUUCUUUUUAACGACCAUUUGUUCUUCGUUUCUAUCGCCGAGACAGUAUUUUUAAUAUGUGCCGCGUGUGGUAAUUAGUGGACAAACUGGUUAAUCUCGGGGUUUGUUGCGUGUUCGUAGCUGUGGGUUACGAUUUGAUUACUAAAUCUAGCAUUUAAACAUCUCGGAUAACUGCGCGCACCCGACUCUUCACACAGACAAUAUCAAUCGCACGUCGAAAACCAGAUCACAACUCAUGAACGCCAACAUAGAUUUCCAGAUGAUGAAAAAACAUGAGAGGGCACAUUUUUUCAGCUCUAGAGAGCAGGAGCUCAUUUUAAAGUGGUAUGAAGAGGAAAGAGAAAUAUUAACAGCCAAAUCCAACACUACCAGCGCCUCUAAACUGAGGGAGGAAGCCUGGCAGAGGAUUGCUGAUAAAAUAAAUGCAGUCUCAGACAGUGGCUACAAAAGGACAUGGCAGCAAGUGAAAGUCAAGCAUAAAAAUAUUGUGCAAACAGCAAAGAGAAGAAGAGCUGAAGUGAUCAGAAAUGAGGGUGGCUCCACCACCCCAUCGCUCAACUCUGCUGAAGAGGACGUGCUGCUGCACAGAGACAGCAGACUGAGGGUGGAUUUCCUGCCUGGAGGUGCUUGUAGUCCGCCACUGACAGGAUCUGACAACUCUUUUAUUAGUGUGUCGGGACAUCCGGUCCUCCUCCUGCCUGUCCCAAAGACUGAACCGGAGAGUCUGAGCAGUGACGAGACAGAUGUCAGCGAUGCACAUAUUGACACAGAUGUGCACAUUAGCACGUUCCAGGAGAGUCCUAACUCCACAUGUGCCGCAACCAGUAGCAGAACUGCAGAGAGGCAGACAGAAGACCUAAAAGCUAUUUACUGCUGUUAUCUCAAAAAGGAGAUAGAGAACCGCGACCAACAGAUGGCAUACAGAGCUCUGAAAAUGAAGAAGCUGGAAAAAGAAAUCCUGUUGCUUGAUAAACAGCUGAUGUGACUGUGUAGAGCUGUGCUACAGUUUUUUUCUCUAUGUCAAAGCAGUAGGUGGUAUAAAAUACACCCCCUGUGCACCAUCACUAACAUGUUGGUGCUUCUGUUACCCUGACCACAUCUGGAGAUGUGUAUGUGGGUCACAGCAGUGGUGGACACCCCUGCAUUUAUUACUGUGGCUCUGCCAUUAGUUUGAUCAAAUAUUUUAGUUUCAUUGUUACAGUAUUGCACUUUACGACUGUACAGAGUAGUCCUCAGAUCGGAAUAGUAAUCUUGAAAAUCGAAGUCUUUUUUUCAUUUUGGCAAAAGCAGGUUUUUACUUUUACGUUAAGCGAAUUGGUUGUAACUCACACACAAACGUAAGGUGUUUAAAUCAAUGUUUUUUUUUAUUUCAGGAUUUUUUUCUAGAGGCAAUAAUUUAAAAAUUAACUAAACAAAAUUAUUUUCUACAGACACCUUCAUCAGCUUUGUGUUUCUCUCCCAUUUGUCUUAAAAAAACAUUAAAACAUUAAAGAAAACUUAAUUUUAUUUUCAACAACGUAUCUAAAUCUAUAUUUUUUCAUAAACCAUUCAUAACAUCUUUCUUAAUAUAUUCCUUAUAUAUUUGCAUAUAUUUAUAAAGUUGCGCAAUUGCUCUUAUUAUUGGUGUGUUUUAGUUUUAAAUUGUUAGUACAUACAUGAGCUAACUACAUACUUUGUAAAACAA